GCAACGGCUGGAAGGAGGAGGGAAGUAGGCCUUCAACAUGGCGGCCGUAGUACUGACGGUGGCCACGGUGACGGUCUGGCCUGGGGCGGAUAGAGUUGGAAUGGGGGUUGUUCGCUCUCCCUAGGGGCAGCGGGAGCCAGGCGGGGACUGAGCCCGGGAGGCCGGGCGGAGCCAGCACCUUUCAGCUUUCUGGACGCCAGCGGCAUUCAGGUUCUAAAUGGCUUCUAAGAAGUUGGGUACAGAUUUUCAUGGGACUUUCAGUUACCUUGAUGAUGUCCCAUUCAAAAUAGGAGACAAAUUCAAAACACCAGCUAAAGUUGGUCUACCUAUUGGCUUCUCCUUGCCUGAUUGCUUACAGGUUAUCAGAGAGAUGCAGUAUGACUUCUCCUUGGAAAAGAAAACCAUUGAGUGGGCCGAAGAUAUUAAGCUAAUCCAAGAAGCUCAGCGAGAAGCAGAGCGGAAGGCUGAGGAUGCGGAAGCUAAAGUGACUUCUAAGAGUGGCCCAGAGGGUGACAGCAAAAUGAGCUUCUCCAAGACUCAUAAUCCAGCCACAAUGCCGCCUCCGAUUAACCCCAUCCUUGCCAGCUUACAGCACAACAGCAUCCUCACUCCAACUCGGGUCAGCAGUAGUGCCACAAAGCAGAAAGUUCUCAGCCCACCCCACACAAAAGCGGAUUUCAAUCCUGCUGACUUUGAGUGUGAAGAGGACCCGUUUGAUAAUCUGGAGUUAAAAACCAUCGAUGAGAAGGAAGAACUGAGAAACAUUCUGGUAGGAACCACUGGACCCAUAAUGGCUCAGUUACUGGACAGUAACUCACCCAGAGGAAGCUCGGGUUCUGUGUUACAGGAUGAGGAGGUCUUGGCCUCCUUGGAGCACGCAACCUUAGAUUUCAAGCCUCUUCAUAAACCCAAUGGCUUUAUAACCUUACCGCAGUUGGGCAACUGUGAAAAGAUGUCGCUGUCUUCCAAAGUGUCCCUCCCCCCUAUCCCUACAGUAAGCAAUAUCAAAUCUCUCUCCUUCCCCAAACUUGACUCUGAUGACAGCAAUCAGAAGACAGUCAAGCUUGCAAGCACUUUCCAUAGCACAUCCUGCCUCCGAAGUGGCACACCCCGGAAUUUCCUGAAGCCUUCCACCCAAAGCAGUGCCAGUGAGCUCAAUGGGGACCAUACUCUUGGGCUUUCCGCUUUGAACUUGAACAGUGGCACAGAGGUGCCAACCCUGAUGACGUCCUCCCAGAUGCCUUCCCUGUCUGUCUUGUCUGUGUGUACAGAAGAACCAUCACCUCCAAAUACAUGUCCCACGGUCACCCCUCUAAAUUUCUCAGUGUCACAAGUGCCCAACAUGCCCAGCUGUCCCCAAGCCUAUUUGGAACUGCAGGCACUGUCUCCAAGUGAGCGGCAGUGUGUAGAGACAGUAGUCAACAUGGGCUACUCAUAUGAUUGUGUCCUGAGAGCCAUGAAGAAGAAAGGAGAGAAUAUUGAGCAGAUUCUCGACUAUCUCUUUGCACAUGGACAGCUUUGUGAGAAGGGCUUUGACCCUCUUUUAGUGGAGGAGGCUCUGGAAAUGCAUCAGUGUUCAGAAGAGAAGAUGAUGGAGUUUCUUCAGUUGAUGAGCAAGUUUAAGGAAAUGGGCUUUGAACUGAAAGACAUUAAGGAAGUUUUGCUAUUACACAACAACAACCAGGACAAUGCUUUGGAAGACCUCAUGGCCCGGGCUGGAGCCAGCUGAGACCAGGCCCUGCCAUGGCCCUGCCACAGCACCACCAUCCCCCAGGAGGCCCUGCAUAGCUCACUCGUGGGCAAGAAGGGACAUGCUUCCAGAUUUUCUUUGGGAAUUAGGCCAGAUGUGAAGAUGACAUUUGCUAGUCUCUGUGAGCCCAGGCCCGAGCUGGGGGAAAGUAGGAAACUUGGGCAUACAAAUGCCCUGCUGGCUCCUUCAAUAUUAAACAUAUCUGUAUUUUGAGAAGUGUCCUUCCCACAUUGGCCUGUCAGAAAGAACACUUGGAUCUUUCUGGGGUCUCUUAUUUCCUCAGCCAAAACCUGGCCUGGCUCCCAAGAGGAGUGGGAAGAAGAGGAGGGGCAUACUGCUGUUUGGGGGCUAGAUGCUUUCCUCUUUGCCACACCACAGGCAGACUGAACUUCAACCAGAGUCGAAUACAAGCGAGAGGUUCUUCCAGGGGCCCAUCUCCCCCAGCAGUCCUUAGUGUUACACUGGUUCUGGAAUGUCUCUGCGGUACAAAAGAUGCACUUUUCCUCAUGGGACAAAGUCUUCUGCUAGGCAGUCCCAUGUGUCCCUGUCCAGACUGUUUCUUGUGGAUUAGACACAGUCCUCUACUGCCCAGGGCAUUGGAGCCCCUGUGCUAGGAAGCUGUUGGCAGUUUGAGUAAUCAUUGCCCCUUCUCAGCUCACUGAGAAAACAGGCCACGACUAGUCACUCAGCACUAACCCCAGUUCUUAAACAGCCUCCUCCAGCCCUGCUUUAGGACGACACAAUGAGUAACACCUAGGCAUAGAAACCACUCUUGGGUUUGUUUGUAUUAUGUUCUACACCAUUAAAGAUAUAAUACAGUCUUGAAUCUAAAAUAAUUUGCUAACUAUUUUGAUUCUUCAGAGAACUACUAAUAAAAACCUAAAAGGUU